CUGCGGUUAUGUUAUUGUUGUGCCUGUCAAAUACGGCGUUACCAGCCGUUAUUUAUUAUUUCUUUAUAUCUAAAUAUGGAUAAGUUUUUAAAAAGAAAACACGAGGGUGAUGACAGUCCACCAAAAAGACAAAAAAAGGAAUCUUGUCCACAUAAAGAAAGAUGUUAUAGAAAAAAUCCUCAUCACUUCAAAGAAUUCGAACAUCCUCAUUUGGUUAAAUUUAUAGAAACUGGUGAUGUACCAUCAGAUUUAGCCCAGCCAAAAUCAGUGUAUUUAGAACAAAUAGAAAUUUUAAAACCCAUUUUAAAGAUACUAAAAGACACAAACACGGUACAGGCUAAACAACCAGACACAAAACCAGAAGCAAAACUGGAGACAAGCAAGAGCUCGAACAGUAGAUUGUUUGAAAAACAACAGAAAAAACAAAUGGCUGAAGCAGGAACUUCACAGAAAAAGGGCGCGAGUGCGGAAGAAAUUGAACGGAAGACUGGCAUUGUAACAUUAUCUUCAAUUAAAGUUUUGCCUUAUGAUAAAAACUCAAAGAAGGGCACAAUGUUGGAGAAGCUUGAGAGAACAGCUCCUUACAAUUUGUUUUUUACAACAAUAUCAAAAUCACCAGACACAUUAAAUCAGUUCAAUUCAGCAACAUUCACAGACAUAUUGUGUCCUAGUUUGGGUAAGUUGGAGGAUUCAUUACAGAUAAAUUUUAUGAUUGAUAUUAGUUGGUUGCUAGAGCAGUACAAAGCCAGAAGUUUAAGUGGAAAACCUCUUACAAUACUUUAUGGUGAUGAAUUUCCUGACAUGGAAACAUUUAUGGAUAGAUAUUGCCCCAAUAUUACAUACAAAUUUGUAAAAAUGAAAGACCCAUUUGGAUGUCACCAUUCUAAAAUUGGAAUUUACGUGUACAAUGAUAAGUCAAUUAGAGUCGUUGUUUCAACUGCCAACUUGUAUUAUGAAGAUUGGAAUCAUUACAAUCAAGGUUUUUGGAUGAGCCCCAAAUGCUCCCAACUACCAGAAGACAGCCCUAACACCUCCGGUGAAUCACCGACCGGCUUUAAAAUGUGCCUCAUAAACUACCUCAAGGACUACAAAUUCGACAUACUUAAUAAAUGGAUUAAAUAUGUAGAAAGGGCGGAUUUCAGCGACGUCAAAGUGUUCUUGGUGGCGUCAAUGCCUGGUAAACACUAUCCGACUUCGAAUACAGGUUGCCACUUGCACAGAGUAGGCGACCUGUUGUCGCGUCACUGCGUCCUGCCAGCCAAAACCAGUCCGGAGAGCGAAGGACCGUUGUCGUGGGGCGUUUUUGCCCAGGCUUCCAGCAUCGGUUCGAUGGGUAAGUCUCCGGCUGAGUGGCUGCGAGGGUGUGUGCUGAGAAGCCUGGCGAGCCAUUCCAAAAGUCCUUUGCCCGCCAGUCCUAACGCCACUCUCAACAUUAUCUAUCCGAGUGUCGAUAACGUGAUGAACGGAUAUUACGGACCGGAAAGUGGGGGAUGUUUGCCUUAUUCCAAGGCGACUAACGAGAAACAAAGGUGGCUUCAGGAGUACAUGCAUCAAUGGAAGGCGGACAGAUUGUCCAGGACUAGAGCGAUGCCACACAUUAAAUGUUACACUAGAAUCUCGCCUUGUUUGACUAAAUUGGCAUAUUUCCUGUUGACCAGUGCCAAUCUGUCGAAAUCCGCUUGGGGAGGGAAUAUACAAAAAGACAAAGGUGUACAUGUAAGAUCUUAUGAAGUUGGUGUUAUGUUCCUGCCCAAGUUUUUUGGCGACGAAUAUUUUGAAAUUGAAAAUACUGUACAGAGGAAAAGCAAGAACAUUUUUCCUCUAAUGUAUGAUUUACCUUUGGUUGGCUAUAGAUCUAAUGAUUAUCCUUGGUGUAACUGAGGUUACAUUUUAAUAUUUACGUCAUUUAUUUAAUUAUAAUAUACAUUUCUAAUAAAACGGUUUUGUUGAAACUUUUCUAUUUUUCUUUGUCUUAAUUUAAAAUAAAUCUCUAUGAUUAAGUUUGAUAAUUCUUGAAGAUUAUUUUCGAUUUGUUUUGUUUAAUAAUGUAUUUUCCAAUAAAGCGAUUUUGUUAAA